AAGGACAGAUGCAGGCGUCACCGACCGAUCUCCUCAGCAUACAAAACAACAGCCGAGCCCACUCAAAAUGGCGGCGCUGAGGGGAGAACAACCGCCCGCGAUAACGGUCCGCGCGAGCCCGAGCGCACUACCGGAUUGGCUCUCGUUUCCCUGGUGCUCGCUGAUUGGUGGAGGAGACCCCUCCCGCGUUCUCUCCUCUCUUCUAUUGGCUGCCGUUUCCCGCCUCUGCUGCCGCACCUGCUGAGGAGCCGCAGCCACCUCAGGGCCGAGAUGGCGGCGGGCGGUGGAGGCGGCUCCCUCUCAGGCAGCGCCUCGACGUGGCCCUUGCAGCGCUACGGCCGCUUCCUGCCCCCGACGGACGGCGACGAGGAGCAAACCGCCUCCUCCUGGCAGGUUUUUGAAUCAAAUGAAGAAUCUGGUCAUCUUAUCCUUACCAUUGUUGUAUCUGGCCACUUCUUUAUUUCCCAUGGGAGAACAGUACUGGAAGGCUUUUCUUUAAUUGAUUGCCACAAAUGGUUAAAGAUAGUAAGAAGAGCAGACUGCCUGCUGCUUUGUGCAAAGUCAAAGAAUGAAUGCCGCAUGUUUCGAGUUCAGUUUGGUGGAGAUUCAAAACAACAGAUGUUGGAACACUGCUGCAAUUGUGUUCAGAAACUUGCGGAGUACGUACCUGUUCAAGUAACCGACGACCAAAGCCAGAACCUUUGUCACAGUCUCAGUGGUGGAAGUCAAGCAGAAGAUGCUGAACAAGUACUACAUGUAGUAAGCAAGCAAGACCAGAUGAGCCUCUACCAGAUUCCUACACAAGCCUUGGAGAAAGAAGAUCUGUAACACAGCUAGCACAGGUAAAAAGAACAAAUAAAUCUAACUUGGAUCCUGUAUCUAAAUCUCUCAAGCACAGAGGAAAAGCUCUCUCAUAUGCUGUAAAUGCCUGGUAGGUGUCUUCACAGAAGAUGUGGAUGCUAUCAGUGCUGUUGUCUGUACUAACAAAAACACUGGCUCUAGCGUAAUGAUCUGGAACUAGGAAAUAAGCUGCAACGCCAGAGAUUUCAUGGUGUAAUUAUACCAUUUGCCUAAGAACGUGCUGCCACACCGAGAGCAAAGAAAUACCCAGAGGUCACUUAUAAAUAAAUGUCACUGACUCUGCAGAUAUUAUCUCUACUUAGUUUAAGUCUGAAAACAUCAAUCAUUCUCGACCUACAGCAAGAGAUCCAUAAUUCAAUUGACAAUUCAACCAAAAGUCCAGGGUAAAGCUGUGCUUAAAAUUAGUGGGAGUUAAAUGUUGCUUAUUGUGAAUUUGGGACAGCACAGAACAAGAUGACUGGGGAGAAAACCACACUCUUUCAAACCUGUUUUUUGUGCAGUUGCUUCUAAUGGUUACUAGUUUCUUUUGCCUUAUCGACGGAGUGAUGGAGUUGUUUCUUCACAUCAGUGGCUUAAGGGACAACUCCUAUGCUCCCUCUUAAAAAUUUAUCAUCUUUAAAACCUAAAUGCUUUUAAUUGUUAACAAACACUUUGUUUUCAUAAAGCAGAGUUCCCCAAACUCUCUACCUGUGUUGAGAGCUGCAGCACAUACCUUGCUGUUUCAUUCACAGGUUUGUUUUCUCUCCUUGUAGUGAUCCUCCAGACUGUAGCCUAGUACUUCUAGUUAUGCUGAAGCUUGACAACAAUGGGACUGACUGACUUGCUUUACUCAUUAUAAGCAUCACUGAUUACUGCUUAGGAAGUCACUGGAAAAGCUCUAUAUGCCCCCUGCUAGGCAGUUGAGUGCAAACCUAAAACUACAUCCAUUACCCUUCUACUUGGGCUCAGAGAGCAAGCUCAACAUCAGAGGCUACCUACAGUAUUUUUUGUGUAUCUUUGUGCUUCUUAUCUGCAGUGAAGGCAGAUGGAUUAAUUGACAAUGUGAACAGUAGCCUCAGGACCGCGCUAGGUCCUCCAGUUUCCCUGAUGCUACCUGUGAGCCUUAAACAGAUGGAAUUAGUGACAGUGGUUGCACAGGGCACAGUAUGCCCUUCCUGUCCCAGGGCUAAUUUAGCUCUGCUGUUGAACACUCAGUACAGAGCGAUCAGACACGGCAGAGCUUGCCUUUAGCAACUGUUUUUUUCCAUAAUCAUUUCACAACUAAUUUCUGCUUUAAGAGGCAAUACUAGGAAAUGUAAAUUAAUACCACAUUAUAAGACCUCAGGUUCUAAAAAUUUCUUUUUUAAUCACAAAUGCAUGAUACCUGCUUCUGAACAAAGCUAUCUGCUAACAAGGCUUUUUAUUUGCUGUAUGCUUUAAUCCAUCUCUCCCUUGAAUUACCAGCAAAUUCCCUUUCAAAGACUCCUUGAUGUAGUUUCAUACAUCAUUCACUGCUUGUCCCUCCACUUUCUAGUCAGCUUAACUCAACUGUACUGUGAGCUGAUUUCCCAUGCCCUGACAAUAUGAAGUUAAUUCAGGGCUGAGCGUCUUUUCCUAGUUCUCUUUGGAGACAUACCCAUUCAGCUGGUGCUCUGGAGCAGCAUGGGGAAGUAUUUCUGCAUUUGUGCCAGAAAUAUGCAUGGCAAAAGCUUUGGUUAUAUAAUAUAUUAAUAUAUAAAAUAUACCUGAAAGAGAAUAAUCAUUUUUAAACACUCUAUUUUGCGUUUAAAGAUGCUUUUCUCCAAUCAACACUAUGACAUGAGAUAGGACAACAUCAACAGUGCAAUUUUGAACCAGUAAGAUUAGGAAAAAUUAGAUUCCCCCCUCCCACAAACACAGCUUGAUGUGAGCAUGCCCAAGCAGCCCACCUCAUUACUUUGCCCUGUUUUCAGGUUCAAGCAGCGGAAGCUAGGGCCUGACUGAAACUAACAGCAAUCCUGACUUUUCCAGAUGGAGAGGCUUGGUUUAGCCCUAGUAUGUCAUUAGGCAUACCAAGGAAGAGGCCAAGUGAGGUGUUUGAAGUUCUUUAAGCCCAGCUACGUCAGACCCCCCUCCAUAACACAAGGACCACUCACCUUGCUCACCAGCUGCCUCUGCAUAUCAUGCUUACCUCACAUGAAAGCAGCACUUCAUUGACUUCCGUACUCCGGCUCUCCCAUGCAGAGUAUCCAAACAGCAUCUUAGCUGAUGCUUUUAUGACUUCAGAACAGACAGGUAAAGCAAUUUAGAAAGCAGGUGGGUGGCAAUGUCUGUAUUUGCAGCCUGAACAACAGGACAGCAUUGGUACACAAACAUUUAAAGUCAUUAACACGCACUGUGAAUAAUGAGAUUUACAAUGAGCAGCAACCCUGGCUGCGGCAGGGCCUAUACUCUGUGAAGUUGCCAUUUCUUCAGUAUGGCUCCCCAUCCAGCAGGAACACUGGCAGCCAGCCAAAAUGAAGCGUUAGUCGAGAUGCCUCAGAUGGUUGUUGUAGUCACACAGCAGCAUGGAAAGUGCUCAGGAGCUGCCCAGCAACCUCCCAGGCCAUUAGCCUCGCACGCUUCUCCGCUGUACCUAAUGGAUGAGAUCUGGCAUCGUCCAUGGAUGCCAGGAGGCGGUGAGGGCCUCCUUGAGCUCAGUGCAUGCUGCUACUAGAUUUGAAGUGAAAAAUAGCAUGACUGGCAUCCUUCCUGCACCACCAAGGGAAAAGCUGAGAGCAGGGGUCAAGUUGGGAUGAAAAAGAUGUUCUACACCUUUCAAAAAGCCCCAUUUACUUCUAAGAGACAAUUUGCUAAAUUAAGAGCUUAGAACCACAUUGUUUUGUUAUCCCUGCUCAAUUACAACUGCAGUACAUGCCUUUCGCAGAGGAUCCUUUUCUCUUACACAGAAUGGAUUCACUAGGAAGUCAUGUUACCCA